CGCAGAGCCCCGUGCUUUCCCCCCUGCCUCUCUCCGCCUUAUCAUCACCACACAUGCGAUUCAGUAAACAGAUUCACUGCACUGCACUGCACCAUUUGUUUUGCUGCCCCCUGCCUCUCCCCUUCAGUUUGAGAGGAGUCUCCCUUCUCCUUCCCUCUUCUUUGAUUGCUUCCACUGUUGCUCAUCCUUUCCUUCUUCUUCUCUCCGUAUGUCCAUGUGUCUCCUGCCCUGAUUGACUCCUUGCCUCCAACCCCUCACUCACUGUUCUUGGUGGCAGCUUCUUCUUUCUGUUAGGUGUCAGGUUCCUCUGGUCAUCGGUCCGAGCUUUCUAGAUUCAGCUUCGCCUCUGUUCGUCUGAGUGGGAGGAGUAUCUGUGCUUUGCUUGGCCUCCCACCAAUGGUGAAUCCGACUUAGUUUGCCGUGGAAGAAAGGAAAAAGAAACUGCUGCAACUGCAAGGGGGAGAAAAAAGAUGCGGGGUUUGAGUAGGCUAGGCGUCGGGCUCACGGUGGUGUCCGCGCUCCUCCUCCUCGCGCUCGCCGCCGAGCUCUACUACCUCCUCGUGCACAAGCGCCGCCAGCGACGGCGCGCCGCCGCCGUCUCCGACGCCGCCUCCUCGCCCUCCUCCUCCUCCUCCCGCGAGCUGCUCCAGCUCUUCUGCUUCAAGAAGCCGCCCGCGCUCGCCUCCGCCUACGCGCAGGAGACGAGCGAAGCCGUGGCCGAGGUCGUCGUCGACGAGGAUGACGACGACGACGACGAGACGGUGGAGGCGCAGCUGAUGCGGCUGGGCAGCCUCGUCGGCCCGCCGCGGCUGCUCUUCACCAUCAAGGAAGAGACCAAGGAGGACCUCGAGUCCGAGGACGGCCGGAGCAGGUGCGGGAGGAGCCGGAGCCUCGGCGACCUGCUGCAUUGCUCCGAGACGCCGUACCUCACGCCCGCCUCCUCGCCCCUCCCGCCGGCCAUGGAGAAAUCGUACAACCCGCUGUUCGAGUCGCCGGCCGCGGUGGCGGCGUCGCCGCCGCCCAAGCUCCAGUUCCUCAAGGACGCGGAGGAGAAGCUGUACCGGCGGGCACUGGCCGAGGAGGCGAAGAGGGCGCGGGGGUCGCCGUCGCCGUCGCCGGCUGCCGACGAGGAGGACGGCGGCGGGUACAUCACCAUCGUGGUGGGGAAGAACACCCGGGUCAUCCCCUUGCCCUCGCCUCCCGGCAGCGCCUGAAAAAAGGUGGCCUUUGUUAACUCGUCUGAUGCAGAUGCAGAGUCAGUGAGUCAGUCAGUGUUCCGUUCUAGCGUAGCCUCUGUGCUGUGAUCUUUUUUUGAUCAUUCCAAUUGGAUGAUUGGAUGUACAUAACAUGAACAUGGCGAGGAACUCAGAACUUGGGAUCAAUCUUUUCUUCUACUAGUACUUCUAUUUGUGCUAUGUGACUUGUGACUUCAAGGUGCAAGUUAAUUACAGUACUGUGAUUUUGUUGUUGUAGGAGGCAAAACAUUUGCACUCUUAUGUUAUGUAUGAUGAACAUAAGUGGAGUAUCA